CUCUAAGCAGUUUUUUAAACCCUCAUAAAUUAUAGUAGUACUGUUUGAAUAUGAAAAGGAACAUAUAAGAAAUCUGUAAUUUAACUAAACGAUAAUACCUUCCAAUAGAUACUUCCAGUUACAAAUUUAUUUGAUGAUAAACGUCACCGAAUUAUGAACAGAAACAAGGAAGAACUAAAGCAAAUCUCAUCUCAGAAGCCUUUCAUUCUGGUAUCGUCACACGUAAAUAUGGACAAUAGUAAAAUUUCAUCAGACGAUUCGAUGACUUCACAUGAUACACCUCCAUUUUUAUCUCAUAUGUAUAUUGAUCAAAAGAUUCAUUCAUUCAAUAGUAAAUUUAAUUAUUUAAAACCAUAUUUAUCAAAAGGUUCCAGAGGAUCUUUACCUUAUACACUUAAUAUACCUGAGUCUAUACCAGAGGUUUCUGUUUCACCACGUCGUCAUUCCGUAUCAUUCAAUCUAGUUGAUCGUCAUUCACAAAAUUCUUCGCAUCAUCAACGUUCAAGUUCAUCAUUACUGGACGAUAUCAUAAUUGAACCCAUUGAAUUUGAGAGAUGUUUAUCUCCUUUAAGGGCAUGUGAUCUAGCUGCACCAUGUAGUAAUACAUUCGAAGAAGUUCUAAAAACACUUAAACAAGACAACCGCGAUGAUCGUUAUAGCAAUGAUGAAUUUAUUGGUUAAGAAGGCAUUGAUAUUUCACCGCGACGCCUGAUUUAUAUCUCUUAUUUGUAUAUAUAACGUUAUACGAAAAAGUGCUUAUUUAAAA